AUGAUCACCCCGCGAUUUUCGUGUCGACAAACCGUCGAAUCUGUCAUUAUCUCUGUUUACUGUCCGUCUGUCAGGGCGUCGGACGUCGAGUUAAAUGUCGACCACACUCUGUUCACGCUCCAUAUAAAUCCGUAUUUCUUGCGUGUCAAUUUCUCUCACGCUUUACUUGAGGACGACAAGUCAUCCGCGGCAUACGAUGGCGGAACAGGUUACCUCACUGUUGUGCUAACAAAGCAGACGCGAGGGCAGGAAUUCUGUGAUUUGGAUCUUUUGGCAAAACUGUUGGCACCUCGCCCAUUGAGCAAUCAAGUCAAAAUCGAGGUACUUGAUUCGAGCCCUGAGGAUGAUUCUGAUCUUGUUGCGAAAACCCAGGCUCUUAACAUCGAGCCUGAUGUAUUGGAAGCCGCUCAGAAUGAUUGGCAGAUACCUCAGAGUGUUCCUGACCCUCUACCUCCAUUGCAUCUAUCAACAUCCUAUGGCUUUUUGAAUCGGCAUUCUGGAUUCUUCGUUCAUGUUACUCACACUGAAAAUGAAGUCAAUGAAUUAGGCGCUGAAGUGGAACAGUUGUCACCCGAGGAAAGACGUCAUAAACGCAUACAGCACGAGGAUGAUAAAUGGGAUGAAGAGUAUUACAUGGCGGACUUCGCAGAGUCCAAUAAUAUCGAAGCGUUGUUGUCGUGGUCCCAUCCUCACAUCAAAGCCUCCGGCGAUUUCCAUUUUACUGAGACCGAGGAACUCGUCAUACUGAAUCUGCCGCGAGUGGAGUUUCUCGCGACCGCAAUGGAAACACACAAUCUGUACUUAACUCUGAUCAACCUAUUAUUUUCAUAUUCAUACGAGACCCGGACCACGCACCAUGACCCCACUCCCGAAAGUGCUUGGACCAUCAGUUCACUAACACCCUGUUUCUCGGCGCUAGAUCCUCCACCAUACUACGAUCAAACCCUCUCCCAUGCGGACAUCUUUACUCCAUCUGAAAUUGCUUCUACCUUCCUUGCAUCGUAUAGACGCAGCCUCGCCUUUCCCCUUUACCGCUCCUUUGCUCUGGCCGAGCGGUGUCGCUUAGAUGUCGCCGAGCUGCUAAUGAAAGGCAGAAGGACGCUGGCCCGAUGCCUAUUGGAAAUAAAGGACAUCCUGGACCAUCAUGAAGUCUAUUAUAUUUACAGCAAAAUAUGGGUGAAUGAUUUUUGUGUCUGGAUUCAAGCCUAUGCGAAGGAUGAAACUCUGCAGCUAUUAGGGAAAUCCGUGAAAUCCGCAAAAAUAGCCAAGUCUUCGAUUGGUUGGGAUCUCGAACAACUUGAGGCAUUGGUCCUUGAUGCGCAAGUAAGGAGCUCAGACAGCGACGAAGAUUCGGACGAUGAUGACAUCUGA